CAUCGGCGAGAGCACACGCCACGGGACGGCCAUCUUGUCACAGUGAGGGGAGGAACGGCCUGAUAUUCCACCUGUUUCUGCGUUGUUUAAAGUCGCCGCUGCGGGAGAGUUAGGUCGCUCAAGGUCCACAAGCAGAAGAUGUCGACGAUGAAUCCCGAGUAUGACUACCUGUUCAAGCUUCUGCUGAUUGGUGACAGUGGUGUUGGAAAGUCUUGCCUCCUUUUAAGAUUUGCUGAUGACACAUACACAGAGUCUUACAUUAGUACCAUAGGUGUAGAUUUUAAAAUUCGAACAAUUGAACUAGAUGGCAAAACAAUCAAACUCCAGAUCUGGGACACCGCAGGACAAGAACGUUUCCGAACCAUCACAUCAUCAUAUUACCGGGGAGCUCAUGGCAUCAUUGUUGUAUAUGACACUACUGAUCAGGAAUCCUUUAACAACGUAAAGCAGUGGCUUCAGGAAAUUGACCGGUAUGCAUGUGAAAACGUCAACAAACUUCUGGUGGGUAACAAGUGCGAUCUCACCCACAAGAAAGUUGUGGAUUACCAGACAGCAAAGGAAUAUGCAGAUUCCCUUUGUAUCCCUUUCCUUGAAACAUCGGCCAAGAAUGCGACCAAUGUAGAACAGGCCUUCAUGACCAUGGCGGCUGAGAUCAAGAACCGUAUGGGACCCCCCUCCGGAGGUGCUGCUUCCACCCAGGGGGUCAAGAUCAACCCCAGUGCCCCCGUGGAGCCAAAUACAGGUGGCGGGUGCUGUUGAACACACUCAUAGGCUAACAUCAAAACAUGAGAGGUCUGGGGCAUUGGGACAGCAACGGGAUACCUGUAACGUCACUAUCAUUCACCUUAAAUGGCGCAGUCUGACCCGAAGUUGGUGGCUGUCAACUUUCACAGGCACUAGGUUGUUUUGGUGCCCUAGACCAUAAUUGCCUGGUGCCUAGAUCUUUGCAUGGUGCCGAGGAAGAAGUUGCGCUCGUGAGAAUUUUCUAGGUUAUUUUUGGUUGGAAGACACAAGACAUGGUGUGAAAAGAUUGACAGACGACUAAAGAAUAUCUCUUAAUGGCUUGGUAUACACAUCAAGAGCAACUGUAUGUUACAUGGGACAGUUAUAUUCUUGUUCCUCACAAUCUGAUCUGCGGAAGUUGGUGGAAAUUGAAUGCUCGCCUCAGAGUUCCAUUUCAAGACAUGAAAUUUACCAUCUGUGAUUUGCUGGUCUGCAAAAUAAACUGUUGACUAAGGAACUGCAGUCUAGUGUUGCUAAGGGACUCUGCUGUCUUUUUUUGUUGCUAGAACAAUAUGAGGAUUACCUGCUCUGUACAUAGAAUUUUUUUCUUUGGACAGAGGCAAGUAUUAGAAUCUGUCGUUUAAACUAAUGUGCAGAAAGUAAAACAUGUUAUGAUAUUGCUGAUAGUUCAUCAAAGGAAGCAGGUGGAGAGCUGCACACUCAGUAAGACUUUUCUUCCCUUUUUUUGUAACAAGUGCUGAAAUAGAUUCUUCUUUUAUUUAUGGUAGGCACUAGGGUGUUUGAGUUAAUUGUUGUAGCUAUUCUGUCCAGGCUGUGAGUGUAGUGCUGUUGACCUGCUUCCUAUGUGCUCAUACUUUUUUCAUGUUUUCAAUGAUUAUAUAUUGGGUGAGUUAAGAAUUUUGUAUUUUUUUCUGAAUAUAUUCUGGUAUUUAAAGAUAAAACAACCAGUAGGAAACCAUGGGAUCAGUAAAGCUUUUUAUUAGGAUCACGCUGCUGUAUCUAAAAUAAAGAAAAACAUCAGAUUUUCUAAUUGGUCUUGUUUUUGCAUCUAGGCAACACCUCUCCCCAUUCUGUUAUAGCUAGGCCUAUCCCCACAAGCAUGUUAGGAUAUACACAGCACAUGAUUUGUAUGUUGAGAAGAUAUUUACAGAUUUAAAUGAUAUGGUUCUAUCUCAUACUUAAUACACUUCAGUUUUUGGCUCUUGAAUACCUGUUAAUAUGUUCACUGCCCUUCUCUUCCAUGAUUGAUUAGUUGCUCUGUGUCAGCAGAUACUAGACCACCUGCUGAAUAGUUAGUAGAGUUAUUUAUUAGAAUAAUUUUAACAUUUCAUAAAUAUAAUACUUAUGCUCAACUAAGCAUCUAUGUUGCGAGCAGCAAUACCCAGUGACCCUUGCGGAAGAAGGACAGUGGUCAUAUUGUGUGGAAUUCAUUCUGAAAGGAAGAUGUCCAUUCCAUCUCUUUUCUAUUGAUCGAAUCUGAACCUUGUACAUCAAUGAAUGUUUCACAGUAAACUGUGUAAAGGCAA